CAAUACAAGAACGGAAUAGAGCAUUUAGAAUAUUGAGAAGAACACAUAAUUUCCAAGACAUGAUCCAGUAUAAAAGGCAUCAAGCUAGAGUAAGGUAUGUUAUUAAAAAAACAAGAAAACACCAUUGGAGAACUUUUUGUGAAACACUAAAUAGAACUACUCCUUUAAGCCAAGUGUGGGGAAUGAUCAAGAGAAUGUCAGGGCUCAGAAAAGAACAUAAAAAUCAUGUGAUGAAAGAUGGAAUGCGGAGUGUGGUAGGAAAUAAAGAAAAAGCAGAACUUUUAGCAAAAACCUUUGUUAAAGUGCACAGUAAUGAUAAUUUGAAAAAUGUAGAAAAACAAAAGAGAGAAGAAACAAUUAGUGUAAAUAUUGAGGAAAUGAAGGAAGACAACGAUAAUAGUUUUAUCAACACUGUGGAUAUGACAUUUUCUUUGGAUGAAAUGGUUCGAAUUUUAAAAAAAGUUAAAAAUACGACGGCAGGGAAAGACCUGGUGAGUUAUCAAAUGAUCAAAAAUUUAGGUAGCAUCGGCAAAGAAGUGGUCUUGAAAUUAUAUAAUAGGAUAUAUGAAGAAGGAAAAUUACCAGAUGAGUGGAAAACAGCUGUAAUAAUUCCAAUAUGCAAGCCAGGGAAAGAUCCGGAAGAGGCAGGAAAUUAUAGGCCGAUUGCAUUGACCUCAAAUUUGGGCAAAGUAAUGGAAAAAAUGAUUAAUGAAAGAUUAAUAUAUUAUUUAGAGUCAAAAGAAAUUAUAAAAAACUACCAAAGUGGUUUUCGCAAAGCAAGAAGCACAAAUGACCCAGCAGUGCAGCUGGAAGAGGAAAUUAGAAAGGGACAAAUAAAUAAAGAAAGUAUAAUUGCGGUAUUUUUUGACAUAGAGAAAGCGUAUGAUAUGUUGUGGAAACAGGGGUUGCUGAUGAAACUAAAUAGGAUUGGGAUUAGAGGAAGAAUGUACAGAUGGAUAAAAGACUUUUUAACAAGUAGAACAUUAUUAGUAAAGAUAGAAAAUGAAUAUAGUAGAGAAUACAAAGUGGAAAAUGGGACCCCACAAGGGAGUAUAAUAAGUCCAGUACUAUUUUCCAUCAUGAUAAAUGAAGUUUUUAGUGAAGUGGAAGGGUUAGUGGAGGUGGCAUUGUUUGCUGAUGAUGGAGUGAUGUGGAAGAGAGGUAGAAAUACAAAUUAUAUAGAAAAGAAGAUUCAAAAAGCGGUAAAUAAUGUUCAAGACUGGGGGACGGCUUGGGGUUUAAGAUUCUCUGUUGGAAAGACAAAAGUCAUACAUUUUACGAAGAGGAAAAUACAAAACAAGCUCCAAAUAAAACUCUAUGGAGAAAACAUAGAAGAGGUACAAGUUUUUAAAUAUUUAGGAAUAUGGUUUGAUAAAAAUAUGAACUGGUCAACCCACAUCAGCAAGAUAAUGGAGAAAAGUAAAAAGGUGUUAAAUAUAAUGAGGGCUUUGAGGGGUAAAGAUUGGGGGGCUGAUAGGUUAACAUUGAAAACAAUAUAUAUCACUUUAAUUCGGUCUGUUAUCGACUACGGAUGCAUUAUUUAUCGAUCUGCUUCAAAAACUCUACUUGAGAAAAUAGACCGGAUCCAGUCGCAGGCGUUAAGAUUAUGUUGUGGAGCUACUAAAUCUACUCCAGUGGCAGCAUUACAAGUAGAAAUGAAUGAAAAACCUUUGGACAUGAGGAGAGAUCAACUCUCAGCAGUUUAUUGGGCAAACUUAAAAGGAUCCAAGCAAGGACAUCCAACCCGUCAAGUGCUAAUAAAUUGCCAAGAAAAAGGGAAGAAAAAAAUGAAUAGUUUUGGGUGGAUAAUAGGAGAUAUAUGUAAAAAAACACAAAUUGACCAUAUUAAAGUGAGCCCUACAGUACCAAUUCCUGCAAUACCACCGUGGAUGUAUGAAAACCCAAAGGUAGACAUGCAGUUACUGAAGAAUAGACAUUUAAAUAGUUACCAAAUAGAACAACGGAUUGAGGAAAUGUUUUUUGAUAAUAUUAUGAUAUACACAGAUGCAUCAAAAACUAUAAAUAGUAAAGUAGGAGCUGCUGCAGUUAUCCCACAGAGAAAUAUAGUGUUGAAUAAAAGAAUUAGUGAUAAACUAUCUGUUUUUACGGGGGAAUUGGUAGCAAUUGAUAUGGCAGUUAACUGGAUAGAGGAAAACAAAGCUAGGAAAGUAGUCGUGUGCUCGGACUCCAGCAGUGCAUUGACGAGCAUAAAAAACAUAACAUCAGAAACAAGACUAGAUAUAGUUUAUGAAAUAGUUCAGGCAAUCUACAGAAUAAAUAAAGCGGGAGGUGUGGUAACAUUUCUCUGGGUUCCUGCUCAUGUAGGAGUUGAGGGGAAUGAGUUAGCUGAUAGAUACGCAAAACAAGCAAGCACUAAAACAGAAGUAAACAUGGAGAUUAAGCACAGUAAAGAAGAAGUGAAGAGCAUAAUUAAGAUAGAACACAAUAAAAAGUGGCAGGAUAAUUGGAAUAAGGAAACAAAAGGUAGAGAGUUUUACAAAGUCCAGAGGAAAGUAGGUGUAAUGAGAGGAGGGGGUAGAAAUAGGAAGGAAGAAGACAUUAUGACUAGAAUGAGAUUAGGGCAUACAUAUCUAAAUAGUUCACUAAAAUUGAUAGGCAAACAUACUACAGGGCUGUGUGAUUUUUGCCACCAGAUAGAAAAUGUUGACCAUGUCUUAAUACAAUGUAGGAAAUAUAAUAGAGAAAGAGAAAUACUGGAAAAUAAGUUAGCAAAAGAAAAUAUUAGGUUAGAAGUGGGAGAUAUAUUAGGAUUGCAUUCAGAAAACAUAGGAUAUAAAGCAAUAUACACAUAUUUAAAAAACACUGGGUUAAGUAAAAGAAUAUAGAGUAGGGAUCCACCUCGGUCCACACUCCAUUACAGUAGGUGGCGGUAAUGCACACCAGAAGGUUGCUUGCCAACCGCCAUAAAAACAAAAGAAGAAGAAGAAGAAGAAGAAUUGAGUGGCUGUUUGAAGGGGGACGAGUGACGUCGGUGCGACACACAGACUGAUGGAGGGAGCUGCCAUGCAAGGCGCUAACCAGCACCCAUCAGGAGCAAGGGUGAAGUGUCUUGCUCAGGACACAACGGACGUGACAAGGUUGGUACUAGGUGGGGAUUGAACCAGGGACCCUCGGGUUGCGCACGGCCACUCUCCCAUAUGUAUAUAUAUAUAUAUAUGUGUGUGUGUAUAUAUGUAUAUGUAUGUAUGUGUACAGUAUAUAGUAAUGUUUGUGUAUGCAUGUACGAUAUGUACUGUAAUAAUACGGAAAUGUGUAAAUUCCUGGAACUUACGGGCGGUCCAGAAGUUGACAUAACAAGCUCUCAGGGCAGGGAGUGCUGGGAGGAAGCGUAGGCCGUGGGUCACAGACGACAUUUCUUGGGGCGCAAGUUGGUUUCGUUGAAUCAUUCAACAUCCAAUCAUAGGCUGUCUCAUCACAGCAGUCGUCCACUUCCACCUGCCCGCCUUUGCGUAUGCACGAGUCCCCGCCACAUACUCCUGGAAACACAUGUGAGAUGAAUCAGGUCAGAAUACGUCCAAAUGAAGCGUCCUUUUCCACGCAAACCCACCGCAUUGCCCCUGAGUGUUCAUCAGGAAGUGCUCCAUCGCCAAACUGACCUCCACUGUGUAGUACGGCGUGAGGGAGACAUGGGAGCGUACCUGUGGAAGGUACACUGACACCACAUAGCCUGUGGUCUCAAACCUGAACCCAAGCUGUUCAUAUGGCGGCUCUAUGCUCUCAGUAUUCAAGGUCGCCUGUAAUAAGAGAACAAUAAUGGCCUUUCCCGGGAUUUCUGCCCUCAUGUGGCCAAUUAGCGGAAGCGGGUCGCCGCUUACCUGAACCGCCGACCCUCCUGGUAUGACAGUAAGCCUUGCUGUGUUGUUGUUAUAGCGCAAGAUGACGCCUUUGGCGCAGGAGCCGGGGAGGUUACAGUCAAAGUUGUCAAUGGCGAUGGUGAGGUGAUGACGCGGCCUCGUCUCCUCCAUCAGGAUGUAGGUGCACUCGUCCAGGAAGUCAAAGGGAACGCCACUGAAGGUGGUGUAGUGGGGGUCGCCGUAGAUGUCGCACACACCUGAAAGGGAUAGGGAUAUUUUGUUAGCGUAUUUCUACUAGUAACGAGAAUAUUGUCAGGCUUGUUUGUGUUUUAGGUUGUCCUCGUGUGUGUUUAGUAUUUCCUGUUUUUAAGUUCGUGUCAGCGCUCUUAUUUUGUCUGUUUCCUGUUUUUUUUCCCUGUGCGCUGUUUUCCCCUCGGCUGCGGCUGAUUGGCACUGGGCCACACCUGGUGUCAAUCAGCCCGCUCCUAUUUUACCUGUUUUGUUCCUCCAGUCAGGGCUGGAUUAUUGUCUUGUCGUUUUCACUCCUGUAUUGUAUUGUCGCUCCUGUCGUGUCGUGUCGGGUCGUUGCAGCCUAGCGGUAAGCUAUAUUUGGUAGCUGUUUAUAGCUAACUGUCUUUUGUUCCCUGCUUCCGGUUUUGUUUGUUCAUAGCGCGCUUUUUGUUCAAUCAAUCAAUUAAUCAAUCAAUCAAUGUUUAUUUAUAUAGCCCCAAAUCACAAAUGUCUCAAAGGACUGCACAAAUCAUUAUGACUACAACAUCUUCGGAAGAACCCACAAAAGGGCAGGAAAACUCACACCCAGUGGGCAGGGAGAAUUCACAUCCAGUGGGACGCCAGUGACAAUGCUGACUAUGAGAAACCUUGGAGAGGACCUCAGAUGUGGGCAACCCCCCCCCCCCCCCCCCCCCACCUCCCUCUAGGGGACCGAAAGCAAUGGAUGUCGAGCGGGUCUAACAUGAUACUCUGAAAGUUCAAUCCAUAGUGGCUCUAACACAGCCGCGAGAGUUCAGUUCAAGCGGAUCCAAGACAGCAGCGAGAGUCCCGUCCACAGGAGACCAUCUCAAGCGGAGGCGGAUCAGCAGCGUAGAGAUGUCCCCAACCGAUACACAGGCGAGCGGUCCAUCCUGGGUCUCGACUCUGGACAGCCAGUACUUCAUCCAUGGUCAUCGGACCAUCGGACCUUAGCCACGUAUUUGAAGAUCAUUCAUCUCGUUGGAAUCGAGGUUUCCGCAAAGGCCGCAUACCCGACGCUGGUUGACAAAUGUGGAAGACAGCUCCACGGUGAUGCGGGUGUGUUUGUCCCAGAUGAGAGUCAUGUUCCUGCUCGGCACCAAGAUCACCACGUAGAGUCCCACAGUGUGGGCGGUGUAGAGUGAGCUCUCCGGCAGAGACGAGGCCGUAUGAAGCGAGAAGAGUGGCGUGCGGGAGAGAAGGUUCACCUUUAUUUCCAGAGUGACGGUGCGAGAGCAGAUGCGGUGAUGUAGAGCUGCAUCUCGGGGAACAUCAGGACUUGCAUCUCCAUACCAAAGGAUGUGCUGGCGUGCACGUACGUGGACGAUUGCCAGAAAACGAUGGCGUGAUCUGCGCGGUACGUCACGCCAGGUGACCGUGAGAGGAAGCAGCAUGCUCCUCAGCCUGGUGUAGAUGCCGUACUGGAAGACGUGCUGGUAGGUGUGGUCGUAGGGAAGGGAGACGCUGUCAACACAAUCAUGAGGACCGUUUGGACUUUAUUGAUAGUGAUCUCCACUUCCACCAGCAGCCCGUUGUCCCCCCGCCGGGCGCUGAUGUCGCAGUCCACGCGGUUGUGUGUGAAGCGGCUGAGGGUGACCCUGCAGGUGGACCGCAAGUAGUAACUGGAGCCGUUGAAAGGUUGGACCACACCGCUGCCGAAUGUCUUGCAAGUGACUGGCGACAACAGUGGCAGCAUCUUUGCGUCACGGUCGACGCUGCACGGUGACGAAGUCAUCCUCCACUCCUCCUACCUCCUCCAAGUCUCUCAUCAGGACCACAGGGACGAGAUGGACUGAUGCACGCUGCGCGCAACUUUGCUCCACACGGCGCGGUUGUCUCUGUUCCAAAAGAAGGCUGGUAGUGAGUUUGAAGCGCACAAAAAAAGGCUCGCUUGAGUGGAUUUUUUUUUUUUUUUUUUUUGUUCCCCUAUGUCGCGAAAGCAGUCGGACCAUGACUACAACCUGCGGAGUAUGAGCAACCUGAUGGGGGAACGCUGGAGGAAAGUGAACGAUGGAGGAGAGCGGAGCCUCAUCAAGGCUCCAUCCAACGCGAGCAUCAGCAGCCUGCAGGUGGCCUCGUCUUCCUCCGGCGCCCCGGCAGCCCCGUCCACCUCCACCGGGGACCUGGAGAGGGCUGCGCGCAAGCAGUUCCAGCAGGACGUCACGCCCGCCUUCGUCUACAUCCUCUCCGCCUUCUCCGCCCUGGGAGGCUUCCUGUUCGGCUACGACAGCGGCGUGAUCUCCGGGGCGAUGCUGCUGCUCAAGCGGCAGCUGGAGCUGAGCGCACUGUGGCAGGAGGUGCUUAUUUCGAGCACCGUGGCCGCGGCCGCCCUGGCCGCCCUCCUGGGCGCCUUCCUCAACGGGCUCUUCGGGCGCCGGGUGUGCAUCCUGCUGGCCAGCUUCUUCUGCGCCCUCGGCGGGAUCGUGAUGAGCGCCGCGCCCGGGAAAGAGGUGCUGUUGACGGGGAGGAUUCUCGUUGGAGUCGGGCUGGGAAUCGCCUCCAUGACGGUGCCCGUGUACAUCGCAGAGGCCUCGCCGCCGCACCUCCGCGGCCAGUUGGUGACCGUCAACACCCUCUUCAUCACCGGCGGACAGUUCGUCGCCAGCGUCGUCGACGGCGCCUUCAGCUACUUGCAGCGCGACGGCUGGAGGUACAUGCUGGGCCUGUCGGUGGCGCCCGCUGUUCUCCAGUUUGUGGGAUUCCUCUUCCUGCCCGAGAGCCCUCGUUGGCUGAUCCAGCGCGGGCUGACCCAGAAAGCCCGGCGAGUGCUCAGCCAGAUCCGGGGCAACCAGAACAUCGACGAGGAGUACGACGGCAUCAAGAACAGCAUCGAGGAGGAGGAGAAGGACGGCGGAGGAGAUGGCCCUGUGAUCUGGCGCAUGCUGACCUACCCCCCCACGCGGCGGGCUCUUUUUGUGGGUUGCGGCUUGCAGAUGUUCCAGCAGCUUGCAGGAAUCAACACCGUCAUGUACUACAGCGCCACCAUCCUGCAGAUGUCUGGCGUGCGGGAUGACCACCUUGCCAUCUGGCUGGCCGGCCUCACCACCCUGACUAACUUCCUGUUCACGCUGCUGGGGGUGUGGCUAGUGGAGCGAGUGGGCCGACGGAAGCUCACGCUGGGCAGCAUCGUCUGCACGUGUCUCAGCUUGUGCGUGCUCGCCGUGGGCUUCCUGCUGUCAGCGCAGCACAGUCCUCCUGUCACCUUCCACCCGUUGGAGCCCGCCAAGGCCAACACAACCUGCUUCAAAUAUCAGCUGUGUGAGCCGUGCAUGCUGGACCCGGCCUGUGGUUUCUGCUACCGGGAGAACGGCUCGGCACCGCUCACCUCCUCCUGCGUCCCCGUCAAUAAGGCCUCCACUGAGCAGGCGGCGUGGGGCAGGUGUUCCAACUCCAGCCGGAUGAGGGAGCACACCUACUGGGCCUACAACUACUGCCCCACCUCCUUCUCCUGGCUGGUCUUGUUGGGAUUGAUGCUCUACUUGGCCGCUUUUGCACCUGGUAUGGGCCCCAUGCCCUGGACCAUCAACUCUGAAAUCUACCCGCUGUGGGCGAGGAGCACCGGCAACGCGUGUGCAGCAGGAGUCAACUGGACCUUCAAUGUUCUGGUCUCGCUCACCUUCCUCCACCUGGCCCAGUUCUUCACUUACUAUGGAGCCUUCUUCCUCUACUCCAGCAUGGCCUUCCUGGGCUUCAUCUUCAUCUUCGGCUGCUUGCCCGAGACCAAAGGCCGGCGUUUGGAGGAGAUCGAAGCGCUGUUCGAGAACCAGCUGUGCUCGUGCGGCGCGUCCGAUUCGGAUGAGGGGCGGCAGGUUGAGUACAUCCGGGUUAAAGGCUCCAACUACCAUCUAUCAGACAAUGACGCGUCCGACGUAGACUAGAAGUGUUGUCAUAUGUUCAAUAACAAACAGGGUGCUCUUGGUUUGAGCCUCUGCCCGGCCUUGUGGGUGUUUAUGUUCUCACUUCUUGCUGGACAAAUCUCAAACCAUGCAGUCACAUUUAGAGCUGUCUUCUUUGUGGACACUUGAACAAACAACAGGAACCAUUGAAGCCUAUAAUUGAAGGAUAAUCCGUGAAUCAUCAACAUGUAGCACAGUCCUAUUAUUUGGAGCUUCUAUUUCUAUGACACGCACUGACAGUGGGUGGCUGCCGACACCAGACUAGUAGCACUAAAAGGAUAUUUUCGGAGGGACUCUUUGGACACCUAAUGUUUGAUCCAAUUCCGAUUCCUGGGGUGACCGGUCGAUUCACCACAAUUCUUGAUUUAAAUCAAUUCUCACAAUUUUGGUAUAAUAAUUUCAAUAUUACAGUAUAUAUAUAUAUAUAUAUAUAUAUAUAUAUGUGUAUACAUGUAUGUAGAUAUGUAUGUAUAUAUAUAUAUAUGUACAUAUGUAUGUAUCCAUCCAUCCAUUUUCGACCGCUUAUUCCCUUUGAGGUGGCGGGGGGCGCUGGUGCCUAUCUCAGCUACAAUCGGGCGGAAGGCGUGGUACACCCUGGACAAGUAGCCACCUCGUCACAGGGCCUACACAGAUAGACAGACAACACUCAACACACUAGGGUCAAUUUAGUGUUGCCAAUCAACCUAUCCCCAGGUGCAUGUCUUUGGAGGUGGGAGGAAGCCGGAGUACCCGGAGGGAACCCACGCAGUCCCGGGGAGGACAUGCACACUCCACACAGAAAGAUCCUGAGCCCAGGAUUAAACCCAGGACUACUCAGGACCUUCGUAUUGUGAGGCAGACACACUAACCCCUGUACCACCGUGAUGCCCUGUAUGUAUGUAUAUAUAUAUAUGUAUGUAUGUAUGUACGUAUAUAUGUACAUAUGUAUGUAUAUAUGUAUGUGUAUCUAUGUAUGUUUGUACAUAUUUUUAUAUAUGUAUGUUUAUAUAUAUAUAUACAUGUAUAAAGUAUGUAUAUAUGUAUGUACAUAUAUAUGUAUGUAUGUAUGUAUAUAUAUAUAUACAUAAUUACAUUAAAUUUAUAAUGUAUGUAUAUAUGUGUAUAUAUAUAGGUAUGUAUGUUUGUAUAUAUAUGUAUUUAUAUUUGUAUAUAUAUGUGUGUGUGCGUGCGUGUAUGUAUGUGUGUAUAUAUGUGUGUAUCUAUAUGUAUGUAUGUAUAUAUACAUAUUUGUAUGUGUGUGUAUAUAUGUAUGUAUGUAUGUGUGUGUGUGUAUAUAUGUAUGUAUGUGUGUGUAUAUAUAUAUAUAUCCCCCAGGGAUCAAUAAAGUACUUUCUAUUUUAUUCUAUUCUAUAUAUGUAUGUAUGUACAGUAUAGAUAGAUAGAUAGUUAGAUAGUACUUUAUUGAUUCCUUCAGGAGAGUUCCUUCAGGAAAAUUAAAAUUCCAGCAGCAGUGUACAGAGUUGAGAUCAAUUUAAAGAAAAAAGUAAAAAGUAAAUAAUGGGGUUUUAAAAGGAAACAAAAUAGAGAAAUAUUACAAAAAGAAUAAAAACAAAGGGAAUAACAAUAUAACAGUAAAAUAAGAAUAUAACAAGACAAAGUAGGCAGUAGUGACCAUGUUAUGAAAAAACGUAUUGCACUGUUAUUGUUUUGCAUCCCCUGUCAUCCUAAUACUCCCUGCCCCCCGUCCCAGAGAGGAGUUGUACAGUCUAAUGGCGUGUGGGACAAAGGAGUUCUUGAUGUGUACGUAUAUGUAUGUACAAACGCCGUUUCCAUAUGAGUUGGGAAAUUGUGUUAGAUGUAAAUAUAAACGGAAUACAAUGAUUUGCAAAUCCUUUUCAACUCAUAUUCAGUUGAAUGCACUACAAAGACAAGAUAUUUGAUGUUCAAACUCAUUAACUUUAUUUUUUUUGCAAAUAAUAAUUAACUUAGAAUUUCAUGCCUGCAACACGUGCCAAAGUAGUUGGGAAAGGGCAUGUUCACCACUGUGUUACAUCACCUUUUCUUUUAACAACACUCAAUAAACGUUUGGGAACUGAGGAAACUAAUUGUUGAAGCUUUGAAAGUAAAAUUCUUUCCCAUUCUUGUUUUAUGUAGAGCUUCAGUUGUUCAAUAGUUCGGAGUCUCCGCUGUCGUAUUUUACGCUUCAUAAUGCAUUUUUGAUGGGAGACAGGUCUGGACUGCAGGCGGGCCAGGAAAGUACCCGCACUCUUUUACUAUGAAGCCACGCUGUUGUAACACGUGGCUUGGCAUUGUCUUGCUGAAAUAAGCAGCGGCGUCCAUGAUAACGUUGCUUGGAUGGCAACAUAUGUUGCUCCAAAACCUGUAUGGACCAUUCAGCAUUAAUGGUGCCUUCACAGAUGUGUAAGUUACCCAUGCCUUGGACACUAAUACACCCCCAUACCAUCACAGAUGCUGGCUUUUAAACUUCGCCCCUAUAACAAUCCGAAUGGUUGUUUUCUCUUUGUUCUGGAGGACACCACGUCCUCUGGUUCCAAAUUAAAUUUGACAUGUGGACUCGUCAGACCACAGAAACACUUUUCCACUUUGCAUCAGUCCAUCUUAGACGAGCUCGGGCCCAGCGAAAACGGCGGCGUUUCAGGGUGUUGUUGAUAAAUGGGUUUGGCUUUGCAUAGUAGAGUUUUAACUUGCACUUACAGUUAUAGCGACAAACUGUAGUUACUGACAGUGGUUUUAUGAAGUGUUCCUGAGCCCAUCUGGUGAUAUCCUUUACACACUGAUGUCGGUUUUUUAUGCAGUACCGCCUGAGGGGUCAAAGGUCCGUAAUAUCAUGGCUUACGUACAGUGAUUUCUCCAGAUUCUCUGAACCUUUUGAUGAUUUGACCGUAGAUGGUAAAAUCCCUAAAUUCCUCUCAAUGGCUCGUUGAGAAAUGUUGUUCUAAAACUGACAAUUUUCUUACAAAGUGGUGACCCUCACCACAUCCUUUUUUGUGAAUUACUUAGCAUUUCAUGGGAGCUGUUUUUAUACCCAAUCAUGGCACCCACCUGUUGCCAAUCAGCCUGCACACCUGUGGGAUGUUCCAUAUAAGUGUUAGAUGAGCAUUCCUCAACUUUAUCAGUAUUUAUUGCCACCUUUCCCAACUUCUGUUUCACGUGUUAAAGGCAUCAAAUUCUAAAGUUAAUGAUUAUUUGCAAAAAUAAAAAAGUUUAUCAGUUUGAACAUCAAAUAUGUUGUCUUUGUAGCAUAUUCAACUGAAUAUGGGUUGAAAAUGAUUUGCAAAUCAUUGUAUUCCGUUUAUAUUUACAUCUAACACAAUUUCCCAACUCAUAUGGAAACAGGGUUUGUAUAUAUACGUAUGUAUGUAUAUAUGUAUGAAUGUUUAUACAUGUAUGUAUAUAUAGAUACAUAUAUACAUAUAUGUAUGUAUGUGUGUGUGUGUAUAUAUGUGUAUGUACGCAUAUAUAUAUGUGUAUAUGUGUAUAUAUAUAUGUAUAUAUGUAUAUAUAUAUAUAUAUAUAUAUGUGUGUAUGUAUUAAUCCAUUUUGAAAAAUAUGUUUUUAGGCCAUCUCCAUGCAACCAGAAGGAGCUUUUCCAACCUGUAACAUUAGAAUUAUCACACCAAAAAUUGUGAGAAUAAAUAUAAAUCAAGAAUCACGGUGAAUCGAACGCUUGUGUACCCCUAAGUUUGCCGUUAUUGCAGUACAUGCACAGCAGGUACAGCAGAGUGAGCCACAUUUACAGUACAAAUACAGGAUUUCAUCACACAUUUAGGAUAACAACCUGGAAUUUUGUGACGGGUGCCAUCUCAGUUUAAAAAGUGGAAAGAAGUGUAAUGAUCUUUAUUUGUUUACCUUUACGUGUCUAUGAUUCUUUUUUACUAUUUUUUUACGGUUUUCUUCCGCCGCAGCCUUACGUACAAAAAAGACAUUAUUGUAAUUUGUGUCUCAGAAUGAUCAGCAGGUAGAAUUUUAAGUACCAGUCCAUGGUUUGCAUAUCAGUAAAUAUCGGUUUUAAGUGUCAUUCUAUUGGCAGCACAUCAAUAGUUCCUAUUUCAGUCGUCCCCCAUCAUAUCGCUCUUCAAUUAUUUAUAUAUAUGUGUGUGUGUGUAUAUAUAUAUACACACACACACACGUAUGUAUAUACAUGUGUGUGUGUGUGUGUGUGUACAUAUAUAUAUAUGUAUAUGUAUAUAUAUAUGUAUAUAUAUAUAUAUAUACUUGUAUACACACACAUAUAUAUAUAUGUGUACAUAUGUGUAUAUAUAUACAUGUACAAAUAUAUAUGUAUACAUACAUUACAUAUACACGUAUACAUACAUGUACAUAUAUAUAUAUGCAUAUGUGUGUAUAUAUAAAUUAUAUAUGUGUAUACAUCUAUGUAUAUAUAUAUAUGUGUGUGUACAUCUAUAUAUAUAUAAAUAUACACAAAUAUAUAUAUUUGUGUAUAUUUAAUUACAAUAUAUAUAAUUUUAAAUAACAUAUACACAUAUUUCUGUAUGCAUAUAUGUAUAGGUAUAUACAUUUUUUUUGCAUAUUUUUUCAGUUUCAAACUUAUAAAAGCCACAAUAUUUGAAGCACACUGUCCAGCCCUUUGAGACAUUUGUGAUUAAGGGCUAUAUAAGUAAACUUUAAUUUGAUUGAUUGAAGCACACCUCACCACAAUAUGUCUAUUAUUUAAUUGUAUUUUUAAGGCAUAUUCUGCAAUUUUUGAGGUCCUAAAUCAAGCAUUUUCAGGCGUAAAAAUGGCAACGUAGACAAAAAAAUACGUUUUGGCCAUUAGGGGAGACCAAAAGUCUCAUGACAACUGAUUGGCAGCAAUAUUAUAUUGUAUUAAAACAGUGUAAAUGUUAACAAAGUGUGUUAUCUCAUGUGUAGAGGGUUCUAAUUAUGUUAACGUAUUUACAAGGUCCUUAAAUUGUUUUUUUUCAAUGAAAAUAUCGGAUUUAUAAAAAACAAUUCCUACUUCGCAGAAAUGCAUUCAUCGCGGUCACGUCGGGAAUUAACAGCGACAAACGAGGGACGACUGUGCACGGUGUGUUUUUAGAAAUAAUAUUAAAAACAGUCAUUUACAUAUGAAACUAACACAGACAAGCAGGUUUACCUAAUGAAAUGUCCAGUGUGUGUACAUUUAAGAUCAAGUUUUAUGAUAGGAUUCAGUAAUUUAUGCAACUUCUGUCAUAUCUAAAGUGACGGGUGUCCAAUUUGGAGUCAUUAGUCAGAAAAAAAAAAUGUGUUAGAUUGGUUGGAAAAAAUCAAAACAAUUUUGUGCACAAAGUUUUAUUCCAUUUCCAGACUGUGCAAUUGGUGACCAAAUGUUUGCCGUGAGUGUUCCAGGCUGCACUUUUGUCACAGUGUGCUGUGUUUUUUCGCGGUUGUGUUGGCGCUGUCUAGCUGUGGACAGUUAUUGUGUACUUCUGGUGACAUCCCGUGUUUCUACAGGUGACGUAGAACGAACACCAAUAGAGUGAUGUAUAGUAUAUUUAUUCAUUAUCGUCUGAGCUGUACAUGUUUUGCGAGAGUUUAUAUUCUAUAUAUAAAAAGAAAUAUCUGGAGUGUGUACGGGGAAAGAAAUAAACCGCUGAAUCAAUAA